GAUAAUUGGAAUCCAACUCCUAUACUUGCUAAACGUAAUAUUCGCCGUUUAAAAAAGCGUACUCUAAUCCCAAAUACCGUAUAUACCGUGGUUCCUUUGGGAGGGAAGAAUCCACUGCAAACCCCUCCUACACUGGUCUAUAAUCCUGAAAAUAUCAUUUCGUCGCCUUUUGGAUGGCACGACCCUUCUAAUGGAGAGGGAUCGGUACCAUCUACUCGUGGAAAUAAUGUUGUUUCUCGUUUCCAAAUAUCUGAGGAUAAUGAUACUCUGACCACUGUCCAUUCACAGUCUUUUUAUUUCACUGACCAGCCUGACUUGACUCAAGAUCCCUCGACUUACAUUAAAUCUGUUGCCGUUAAUGCAUUCUAUUUGGCAAACAUGUUUCACGACAUAUUAUAUCUAUACGGCUUCAAUGAGGAGGCUGGAAACUAUCAAGUAUCGAAUCGAGACUUAAAGGGAAAUGAAGCCGAUCCAGUCAUUAUCAGUGUAAUGGACGGAGAUGAAGAAAAUAAUGCGUAUUUUAACUCUCCUAGUGAUGGCAAGCCUGGAAUACUACGAUUGUUUGUGUUUACUGGAAUUACACCAAACCGCCAUUCUGGAUAUGACAACAGUGUUGUGUUGCAUGAGCUAACUCACGGAGUUUCUGAACGACUAACGGGUGGACCUGAAAAUUCUAAUUGUUUACAACAACUUGAACCCAACGGAAUGGGCGAAGGAUGGUCUGAUGCUAUUGCGAUUGCCCUAGAAAUGAAAGAAACCGACACGAGUGCCGAUGACAAAAUCCUGGGAGCUUAUGUAAAACCAAAGACCAGAUAUGGAUUUAGAAAAUACCCUUACUCGACUAAUACAAAGCUCAAUCCACUUGUUUACAGCAGCAUCAACGGCGUAAAUCAAACUCACUAUGUCGGUACUGUAUGGGGGACUAUUUUAUUUGAGGUCUAUUGGAGUUUGGUAAACCAGUAUGGAUUUGAGCCUGAUUGGACCAAAGUUACUUCGACCAAAGGAAAUGUGGUGUUUUUACAGCUGAUGGUAGAUGGUAUGAAGAUUCAGGGAUGCAAUCCAACAUUUCUUAGUGCACGAAGUGCAAUCUUGACCGCCGAGAAGUUUAGAUAUAACGGUGUUUACCGAUGCAGUUUGCUGAGAGGGUUUGCUAGGCGGGGACUUGGAUUAGAUGCCAGAAUGAUUGCAGAAAAUUCAACUUAUAUUGAUGGGACUUUGAUUGACAAUAAUUGCCAGAUUCCAACUUGAAUAUAUUACAUUAAAUUUU